AUGUCUUUUGACGACUGUAUACCUGUACGCGCGGGCCCAGAGUCCAAAGCUCCUGAGGAUGCGAAUGAAGAGAAGCAGGCGGAUUGGAUUAAUGGUUACGAACGCAGGAACACGUCCCACGACAAGCUCACGUUGAUGGAGCGCCAACAGACACCAUACUCUGCUGAGUACACGUCACGCGCACUAGAAGAGACUAAAUCCACCGCUUCAAAACGGAUGAACCUAGUACUAGAUUCGGCUGAUUCCCCUCCCCAGUCAGAAGGUUCAAGCGACCCAGCGCAGACUGAGAAGGAAGAAGAUGACCGGAGUGUAUCCACGGACGAGGGUGCGAGACUUGAUAUAGAGAGCGAACACAGCGCUGCGUUACAGGCCAAGUUGACAAUUGUGGAUUCACCACUCACUCUGGAAAGCGAAGACAUCAUCCGCAUCAUGCAAGUUCUUUCACCGGACGAUCAGGAUCUUAAGGAGCAAGUUCUGGACAAAUACAAGGAGAGGCUCAGGAAUAUGCCCUCCAGUGAAACGAGCAUCAGCCUUUUCGCCCUGUUUAUCAUCCUAGGAAAGAAAAAUCGUUGCAAGAUAUGUGAAGCGUUAGGCGAACCCUGGCAGGGCGAUUCUUCGCUACCCCGUACCUUUGGACAUAUUCGCCGACACUUCAACUGGCAUCCUGACGGCCGAUUCUCCAAUGAGACGACCAAAAGAGAAUUUGGGAGGAUUCGGAAGUUGAAUGCCCAAGGUCUCAAGUGCGAUGUGUGGUGCCGGACGCCGUUGCACAGUGCAGAACAAGACGCGCCAUAUGAAACUCCAUAUGAAAUCUACGACGAAGGACCCAUCAUACAACUUCGUUAA